AUGACCGCCGGAGCCCCGCCUUCGGUGUACAAGCCGGGCACCGCAUUGACUGUGGGCUCGCACAAAGUUGUCAUCGAGAAGUAUUUGUCCCAGGGAGGCUUUGCGCACGUGUACACGUGCCGUAUCAGCCCAGCCUGGCAAGAUCACAAAAUAGCAUGUCUGAAAAGAGUGGCCGUGCCCGACAAACCGACGCUGAACGUGCUUCGCCAGGAGGUCGACGCCAUGAGACGGCUCCAGGGGAAAAGCUGCAUUGUAUCGUACAUCGACUCGCACGCCUCGCGGAUGGCCAACGGGGUAGGAUACGAGGUGUUCCUGUUGAUGGAGUACUGUUCUGGCAACGGCCUGAUCGAUUUCAUGAACACGCGGCUGGUGAACAAGCUGAAGGAGCCGGAGAUUCUGCAGAUCAUGGGCGAGAUCACUGAGGGCGUGGCCCACAUGCACGCACUGAAUCCUCCGCUAAUCCAUAAGGACAUCAAGAUCGAAAACGUGCUGCUUUCCGCCGACAGGCACUACAAGCUCUGCGACUUCGGGUCGGCGUCGCCGCCGCUGAGGCCGCCGCGCAACGUCGAGGAGUUCGAGAUUCUGCAGAACGACAUAAUGAAGCACACUACGCCCCAGUACCGCUGCCCGGAAAUGAUAGACCUGUACAAAGGGCAGCCGAUCGACGAGAAGUCGGAUAUUUGGGCGUUGGGCGUGUUUCUGUACAAGCUGUGCUACUACACGACGCCGUUCGAGCAGAACUCCAUCAACGGCAACGGCAACCGUGGAGGCGGCGAGUAUGCCAUUCUGCACGGCCUGUACUCGUUCCCUCCUACUCCCCCGUACAGCGCAAGACUGAAGAACGUGAUUGCGAGGUGUCUGAUGGUGGACCCGAAGAAGAGGCCGACCGUCUUCCAGCUACUGGAGGAGGUGUGCAAGAUGCGCGGCGUUCCGUAUCCGAACAUCGCCAAGGCCGCAGACCAGUCGCAGAGCGUUCCUGCUGCGCAGCCACCACCUAUGCCGCGGCGGUUUGCGGCGACAGAGGAGCUUGCUGCCCCUUCGGUGAAAAACGCGGUAGCCAAGGUCCCUUCCAAAGAGCAUGGGUUGCAGAAGUCGUACUCUGAAAAAAUCAUGGCGAAGGACCCAUUUGCCACGCUCGACAAAACCAAGUUUGUGGCGCCGUCCAAUAACAAGUCCACGUCGGAUCUUGUGCAGUCGUUUGCGCGUCCUGGGGUCUCCGGAAGGGCCUCCAAGUCGCGCCCGCUCAGCAUGUCUGCCGCCAGCCUCCACAAACAGGCGUCUGCGCCCGUGUCGCGCGCCGACCUCAUCGAUGGCAUGACCAGGGAGGAGGUGCUGGAGCUCUCUCCGAACCACCACAACAACAUCAACAGCUCUGUCGACUUCAUCAAGAGCGCCACGCCACAGAGAACAGGCGACAGCUUCAAGUCGCGCUUUGCAAGCCUGAAAACGUCCAACACCGGCCACCAUAAACGGUCGAGCAUUUCCUCGAUUAAGGACCUGUUAACCGGCGGGAGAUCGCGCGAGUCGAGCAGAAACCCGUCCUAUUCUUCCAUCAGGAGCAGAAACCCGUCCGGCUCGAACCGCAGCACAGACUCGCUGCACGAGUUCACGACGAUCUACCGCGCGGACUCGAACUCGUGCUCGUCUGCGUCGGAAACGUUCGUCGAGGACGACCAGACCACGCCGCGCGCAGAAAAGCCCAGUGUGCCUGCGCACCGGCCGCCCAAACGGUCGAACUCGAUCCAGCGCAGAGUGCACAUGCUGCUGAACCGCAAGCAGUCGCCGCCUCCGGCGAAAACGGCACACGGGUACGGGAAAUACACCGAAAGCGACAGCAUGCCGCCGCCGGCGAAGGCCAAGGUCAACAAGAUCCCGAUCAAGGUGAUCACGCCCACCAGAACGACAAACACCUCGCCACCGCCGUUUGCUACGCCGAGCUCGUCAGCCACGUCGCCGUACUCCUCGCUGUCUGCGUCCUCGUCCCAUAGAGACGCCGGCGAGAAGCUGAGCUACCAGGACGCACUGCUGAGUCGCGUCAGCAGCGUCGAAGUGUCGACCCCGUCGACCCCGUUGCGGAACCGAUCGAGAACCAGCUCCAAGAAACCCCCACCCCGGCCAAAGAAACCGGAGCAUCUGAGCUCCAACAAGUCGACGCCCCAGAAGCCGCGGCCGGCGCGCGACAGCUUCAGCGACGACGACGUCGAGGCACUCGAAAGACGCUUCUACGAAAAGUUCCCCAGUGCAUUAUAG